AUGCUACCAGAACAAUGGGCUCAACCUUGUGGCAGCCAAUGCACACAAAAAUUUUCAGCUCUCACGCAGAUUCCAUGGAGAGUAUUUUGCAAGAAGGGGUGCGAUGCUGAUGGGGAAACGUGGGAAGAUUGCUUGGAUGAGUGCAAUGAAAUAUGUUACAAGGACCCUGUACUCAAGGACCGGCAGUGGAGUGCCUACAUUGACCGAUCUCCUGGAUCUGCCAGUUACUCCGAGGAGUGUUUCAAAGCCUGUAAAGCUGGCUGUGGUUACAAGUUUGAGAUUCACCCAGAGGAAGUCGAUAAGGCUCGUCCAAACAGGCCAUGCAAUCCUCCCCCGUCUGAGAAGCCACCUCCUGUUCAGAAACCACCUCCACAAGCUGUAAAGGAGGGUGAACCUACUGAAGAUGUGCCGUGCAUUUCUGCAUAG